UGUCGAGUUGUCCUCGCCUCGCAGCGAUCGCGCCACCGCAGCGGUUGCCUCGGCGCUAGAAUAUGCGUUGAAAUCGCAGCCCAGCGAGCUGGCGCGACUCGUUUGGCGCGCAGCAGCGCGUGCUAGCGGCUGUAGAGACACUAGCGGCCUUGUAAAAAAGCGGCACCAGUUUGCACCUUGCACGCACUGGUGAGCCGCAUCAGUGGACAGAAUUGCAGAUAUAUAAACCAGGGACCGUCCUGUUGCUUCUCGUGAAGCGUAACUUGCUUCCACCGCUACUACAGCCCACUGCACACUCAGCACUGCUCUGCACGGACUCAGAUGCGAGUUCUAGGCCCACUCUUGCUGCUUAGCACCACCGCUGCACUCGUGCCAUGUCGCAGGCCACGGCUGCCGGUUGCCCAAGCGGCGCGCCGUGUGACGCGCGGCGGCGCGCUGCAAGCGACCCCAGUCGGCGCGGGCGGCGGCGGCGGUCGCGCCCUGCUCGCGCUCACGAUCGCGCUCGAGGUCUUCGCGACCACGAGCAUGAAACUCGCGUCGACGCGGCCGAUCUGGCACCUCGGUACUGUGGUUGGCUACGGCUCGUGCUUUUCCGUUUUUCCCCUCGUGCUGCGGAAGAUGCCGCUCGGCGUCGCCUACGCGAUCUGGUCGGGCGUCGGCACCGCGUUGACCGCUUUGAUCGGCGCCGCGAUGUUCGGUGAGGCGCUGUCGACGCAGAAAGUAGGGGCCCUCGCGGUCAUCGUCGCGGGCGUCGUGCUGCUGGAGCUCGCCCACUAGAUGGGCGGUCGCGGCGAUGGCGCUGCCCUAGAUAUAGUAAGGUGACUUAUGUGAGGC